CACACGCCUGCGUCUCGAUCCGACACAACUGCGUAUUCGCCUCGUGGUCUAUCACAGAGUGGAUCGUUUCUUUCACUGCACUACAAGAACAGAAAAAAUUAAAGAAUGGCUACCCUUGACGAUAUUCUAAAGAAAAUUGGAGAGUUCGGACGUUACCAAGUAUGGCUGUUCGUUUUACUGUGUUUACCGUCCAUGAGCAACGGUUGUUACAUGAUGAUGAUGAUCCUAUUGGCCUACACACCGAAACACAGGUGUAAGAUACCUGGAUAUGAUAACGAUACAUGGACCGUCCAGGACGGUUACCAUGCCAACCUCAUCAACAGUUCUAUUCCUGCCUCGGACGACUCUUUCUACGACUACGACAGAUGUCACCUGUACAGGUACUCCGGAAACACCACGGAUGCUAUCAGGACGAGGUGUUCCGCAUAUGUGUACGACAAGGAGAUCUUCGACGAGACUAUCGUCACCAGGGGGGAUCUUGUUUGUGAUCAAGGAAUGAAACCUGCACAUGCUCAAGUUGUGUAUUAUGUUGGGGUCAUGGUGGGGGAUCUUUUCUUCGGACAGUUGUCAGACAGUAUCGGGCGGAGUAAGACAUUACUUAUCACAUCUGUUGCCCUCCUGUUGUCAUCAAUCGGCACAGCUUUCGCCCCGGAAUUCUAUAGCUUCACAGUCCUUCAGUUUAUUGUUGGCGCUUCUAACCACGGAAUGUUCGUCCUAGUCUGUGUCUUGUGUAUAGAACUGGUUGGUCCAUCCAGGAGGAUGGUAGCGGGAGUGUCUAUCCACGUCCUCUUCCCCUUUGGUUUGUUCUGGCUAGCCGGAGCCGGCUACCUCUUCCGGACCUGGUGGGCCAUACAGCUGGCUGUUGGCGUUCCCUGUGCGGUCUACAUUGCUUAUUGGUGGCUGAUGCCCGAGUCUCCGAGAUGGCUCAUUAGCCAGGGAAAGUAUGGCGAAGCAGAACAGGUCCUAAGGAACGUUGCAAAAAGGAACGGCACACAAUACCCAGAAAAGAUUGACCUGAGUCAGCUUGAACAACACACCCCAGGCCGUAUUUGGCAGUUGUUCACUAAUAAGACUUUGGCGUGGAGGACCAUGAUCAUCUUCCUUAACUGGUUUUCUGUAGCACAAAUCUACUUCGGUGUUACCAUCCAUAUGAAAAAUCUUGGAGGAAACUUUUACUUUAAAUUCGUCAUUCUGGCUUUGGUAGAGAUUCCCGCUGUCGCAAUUACUGUGUUCAUGUUGACAAAACUCGGCCGGAAGAAGGUGCACGCUUUUUUUAUGAUCCUUGCCGGGGUGUCGUGUCUUCUAACCAUCUUCACAGUCCUUUUAGGCGGUGCAUCCUUUGAACCAGUGACAUUGGCCCUCUGUUGUUUGGGUAAGUUGGGCGCAGCAGCAGGGUUUUCUAUUAUCUACGUCUACUCUAGCGAGCUAUUUCCAACAGUAGUAAGGAAUGGUGGAAUGGGGGCCAGCUCCUGUGUGGCACGAUUUGGCAGCAUGUCCGCUCCCUACAUCUCUAAAAUUGGUGAUUCGGUGGGUAGUAUGUACGGACAAGCCAUUCCACUGAUCGUGUUCGGUCUAAUCGCUCUGGCGGCAGGCACUCUCACUUUAUUACUUCCGGAAACGUGGAAUAGACGACUUCCCGAUACCAUACAGGACGGAAUUCACUUUGGAAAGGCGUUUGACGAUAACAAGAAGGACUAUAUAGAAGACGAUGACAGUGAAAAUAUUCCAACACAUGAAUUAUCUUCUAACGAUUCAAAUGAAACUGGGUCUUCUGAGCGUGAAGAGCUAGCGGAAAAGAAAUCCCUGAUCAUUUAAAUACAGCAACAAAACGAUCUUAUUACGAAACAGAAGAGAUGUUUCGGAAUUUUGCUGUUAUGUUUUCCCACUUUAACUUGACCAUUCGGAACAACUUUGGAUUAUUGACCAUUCGGAACAACUUUGGAUUCUGUCAUAAUUGUGAAGUGUUAGAAGUUUUACGCAACACUUUUAGUCGCCAACUUUAAGAUAUUGUUUCUUAACACAACUAAAACGUUUCGUAUAUAUUGUAAAAAAAAUAAUCAAAUCAUCUUUGAAAUACUGUAUGAUACAAACAUCAGUAGCAUUGCAUAUGUACUUGACUUUACGAUUUGAUAAAUAUACUUGCACAAAUUUUGGUUUCUUGAAGCCUUAAGUGCGAGUGUAUCAUUGCAUACUUGGCUCAAGUAUUGAUAUUUCGUUAUUAUGAUACUUGUGUGGAUGGUUAAAUGAUGCACAUCAUUUCCUUGGUAUACCUCAUACAGCUUUUGACUUGACAUCGCUAUUUAUUUAUGUUUAGGCUUACAUUCAAGUGUACAAUUUCACAGUGUUGAAUUCGCUGUUUUUGAGAUGGUUAAUAUUGCAGCAGCGCAAUAUUACAGCAAAUUAUUGUACAGGAAAAUUACAGUGAAAAUAGUCCUGAAUAUAAUCUAUAUUAUAUUUAACAACAAAUAAUUAAAAGCAUUCUAUUUACUUCAAUCUCAAAACUUUUUUAUAUUCCAACCUUUGAAUAGUAAGAAUUAAAAUGAGCCAUCAGGGGUGAAUGAGUUAAACCCCAUACAAAGCUGAAAACAAAUAAAUCAUACCAAAAUGUACGUUGUUACAUUAAGAGCUCAAAUUAUUUAUACUUAAAACCGGGUAACUGUUUUAUGGUUUUCUGAUCGUCACUAUAUUGUAUAUAAACUACCGAUGACCUCUCCUUCGUUGCCACCACAGACUCAACUACAAUGCAUUUGCGAGAUUAGAUCAGGUAUGAAUCAAGCAGAGCGACCAAUAUUAUUUUUUAUUUUGAUAAUAUACAUGUUUUUGUAUCAAAAAGUGAAGCGACAUUUCCUUUUCGGUAAAGAAAAACCUAUACAACUUGAGAUUAAACUCUUACAAAACAUUCAUCGUACAAUAAUAAUGUGUUGGACUGCUUCUUGUUCUGAUCUGAACUUAUACAAGCUGUUCUAUAUUAAUAACUGCACGAACGUGCGCAUGACAAAUAUAUCCAAAAGAUUUGUACAAAUGUUUGUAAUCCCUGAUGGUUUAAACACUUGUGGUAGAGUGUCGUUCGGGGGGAUAUGAUAAUGGAAGAAAAUCCCUGUGAAUAUGGUAUUUUCGUGAGUAAGAUUGUAUGACAUAUUGUGUACAUAGUUUGCAUGUUUUUAAUCUCUCUUAUGUCAUACGUCAAUAGCAUGUAGUGGAGAUUUGAUUCACGUCAGUCUCAUCUGGUCGUUUGGUACUUUAUACAAGUAUAGUAUGACAUUUCAAUUUAUGAAUUAGAUAAAAUAAAAUCAUAAAAUAAAAUCAUCAAAACAUUGUUUAUAAAUUGUCGCGACAACCCAAGCACUAGAGAACUUGCAAUACUUUUUGAACCGUCAUCACUUCCUGUGUAUUAUUGAUACGUCAUCAUUACCCGUGUAUUAAAACAUCAUCAUUACCUGUGUAGAAGUACCACCUCAUUUCUCAUAGAU